AUGAAGACCUCUGGAGCCUCUAUACUGUUGUGUCUCUUCACACUCUCCUUGUCCCCAGCUGACUGGUUUCCAUGGGUGGUCAAUGGGCAAGAACUGGAAAGUGCAACUGGUGAAGUUAGCACCGACUCUCUUAUCAGCACCGCCGCUGCAGCUGUCACACCACCCGUGCUUCUUAGUCCUGUUCAGUCUGACAGUGAAACCACGACGGCUUCAUCAGACUGUCGUGAAGAAAAGUUCCCCUGCAUGCGCCUGUACUCGGUGCACAAGCCGGUGAAGCAGUGCAUCAGCUACCUCUGUGUCACCAGCGUGCGUCGCAUGUACGUCAUAAACAAGGAGGUGUGCUCUCGCAUCGUCUGCAAGGAGAACGAGGUCAUGCAAGAUGAGAUCUGUCGCCAGCUGGCUGGCCUUCCUUCUCGACGUCUCCGCCGAUCCGGGCAACCCCUGCAUCUCCCUUGCAGACAGCUCCUGGAGCAGCAGCGCAGAAGGCCUGAUGCUCUGUGAGCUACCGACAGGAGAGAAAAAGGAAGGGAGAGAAGAGAAGUCAUCAUCCACUACCUACAACCCAAGACAAGUUCUUCUUGCUUGUGAUUUCCCCACCGUUUCCUUGCUUCUCUUUCUCCCACAUCCUCUCCUUCAGGUGCUUAAGUACCCAGAGUCUCCUCUCU